UCAGAGUAAGUUCUGGGACACACAUCACUCCAGCCUGGUUGCUUGAGAUGUGGAAUGCAGGAUGCACAGAGCAGUGGAUGCCGACGGCGGCAAUGGUCGCCACCAACGUCGUGAUCGCCAUCAUGACCGCGCUGAUAAAGCAGGCACUGAACCAGGGGAUGAACAGGCUGGUCCUCAUCACUUUCCGGCAAAUGGUGGCCACUGUGUUCCUUGUCCUUAUUGCCUACUUCAAGGAAAGGAAGAGAAGACCAAAGUUCACAGCUGAAAUCUUUGUGUACAUGUUCCUAAGUGGAGUUCUUGGGCCGGUGCUACUUCAGUACACAUUGUUUGUCGGAUUGGAUUACACGACAGCAACAUUCGCUGCAACUUUCUCCCAUAUGCCUCCAGUGGUUACUUUCCUGAUAUCACUCGCUUUCAGGUAA